ACGUGACCUGUGACCGAUGAGGUCACGUUAUAUGGAGACAGAAAUGAAACCAGAAACUUACGGUGACAGUACUCCGUCAGACCUACAGACAGCGAGUUUGUGAUUCAAAAUGCACCCAUCUUCCUGUGACACCUUCGUGGCUCUGCCCCCCUCCACGGAGAGACAAAGCAUCAUCUUUGGGAAAAACUCUGACAGGCCUUGUGAUGAAGUCCAGGAGGUGGUGUACUUUCCUGCCAGAGACUACGGUGCAGGGGAGAGGGUUGAGUGCACAUACAUAGAGAUUGAGCAGGUUGCCCACACGUAUGCAGUUGUGUUGAGCAAACCAGCAUGGCUGUGGGGUGCAGAAAUGGGUGCAAAUGAGCAUCAAGUGUGUAUUGGAAAUGAAGCAGUGUGGGGCAGAGAGAGUGCAGAUGGCGACGAAGCUCUUCUUGGCAUGGAUCUUGUCAGGAUUGGACUUGAGAGAGCCAAUGCAGCUGAGAAAGCUGUGGAUGUGAUCACUGAGUUGCUGGAGAAAUAUGGCCAGGGAGGAACUUGCAUGGAGGAUGAGUGUAGCUUUACCUACCACAACAGCUUCCUCAUUUCAGACAGGAAGGAGGCGUGGCUGCUGGAAACGUCAGGGAAGCACUGGGCAGCAGAGAGAGUGGAAGCUGGAUAUCGCAACAUCUCGAACCAGUAUGGCAUAACGACCAAGAUCGACAAGGAACAUCCAGAAAUGAGGGAAUAUGCACGAAGCCAGGGCUGGUGGGACGGAGAGACUCAGUUCAACUUUUCCACCGUCUACUCCUUCAUGACUACGGCCAGAAUAGAAGCCUCUGGGAGCAGAUACUGUGAGGGGAAGAAGUUGCUGGAAAAGAGCAACGGUCACAUCACUGCUGAGACGAUGAUGGAUAUCCUGAGGGAUAAAGAUAGUGGCAUCAACAUGGAGGGCAUGUUCAUGACAACAGGAAGUAUGGUGUCUGUGAUACCCAUGAAUCCUGCUCUGCCCGGGGUUCACUAUUUCACAGCAACUCCAGACCCUGAAAGGUCUGUAUUCAAGCCUUUCAUCUUUGUGAAGAACAUUAAUGAGCUGAAGGAGACGUCUUCUCCCAGUUACGGUGCAGAUGACCCUGUAAAGAAGAAACCCCGCUUCCAGAGCAAGCCUGAUCGCAAACACGGGUUGUUUGUCAAACAUGAGCUGGUGGCUGCAAUCAUUCAAUCCUACGAGGACAGAGGAAAGAAGAUCACAGAAAGUUUGAGGCAGCUGGAGAAGGAAAAGAUGACACAGAUGGAGAAGAUUCUUUCAAACGGUAUUAUGGAAGCAGAUUUUUUGGCGGAUCUGUUCUCGAGCUGUGUUCGGGAGGAGAUGGCCGUGUACGGAAAAAGCUGAAACCUCAAAACGUGUAUCCAGGGUGAAAGUAGCAGUAGACGCCUCUGCAUUCUAACCUUUUAUCAGGUAUAAGUACAAACAUGCUUGUAUAAUAAAUCCUGAAAACACAA